AUGUCCGUUGCCUUUAGGCCGGUGUGGGGCGAUACGUCUCCUUUGACACGUGUCGCGCGUGUUUCUGGACGAACAGCCCUUCUUUUCAGUUCAGCUGGAUCUUUUGUCGAUGUUGACCUGGAAGUUCGAAGGAACAAGGCUCCAGACGAAGUGUCAUCUACCCCCUUGGUAUGGAGGAGGAGGAAGAUGAAGGAGACUGGUGGGAGGAAGAAGAAGACGAGCACGGUUAGUCGCCGCACUCCUGCCACAUCACGAGAGCAUUACCCGCAACGACGCAGGUACAAGCCCUUCAUGGCUGCUCAUUCUGGCUCUAAUGUCUCUCCGCCUCCUGGAUCGAAUAUGAACUCUGUUGGACUCCAGCAGGACCCCGGUCACGAGGGGAAGAAGAGCAAGUUUGAGAAGUAUGGUAAUACGGACCAUAUCUGCUGA